AUGCCGAAGUCCAAUUCAGUCAUCACUGCACCACUGCGAGAAGGUCUCUUUGAGACCUUUCGAGCAACCACCCGCCUAGUCCGACCCGAACAACGCCGCCAACUUGUCCUAGUUGGCGGCACAGCCAGCAUUACCCACUCUUCCUUGUUACGAACCGAAGACGUGGAUGUUGCGGCGCCUCCCAGCGUGCUAAUCGAUAUCUGGGAGGCAGUGACGGCCGGCGCCCCUAACUUUUCGAUCGAACCCGACGGCAAGAUUGCUUUCGAUGCACCGCAAGGCUUCCGAGUUCGAAUAGACAUAAUACAGAUCGGCGACGGUUGCAUCGAAACGAUCCACGAGACAGAGUCUUUCUUUGAAGGCUCUGUCGCGUCCAUGUCGGAUUUGUUGAGGUUAAGGGCCGUGACGGUGGUAGAACGUGGGAGUGAUGGCGAGUUUGAAGACUUUCGAUGGCUAUUGUGGGAAGUAGCGAAGGCAGGUCAAACUCUUCCGGAACUGGGAGAAGAGGACCUGAAGUAUAUGCGUCAAGCAGGGGAGUCUUGUCUGGGGUUCUGGAUCGUCUGGUACUUGCUGCUGUUCUUGGCGGCAGUAAUUUAG